UCCCAGUCUGCGGGAAAUACAAACUUCCUCCUGGCCAAUUGCAGUCUUCGACAAGGCAACAUUCACAGACCAAGCAAUCUUCCAUAGAGAGUGACCUCACCAGCACGCCUGCAUUGCCAGCUUGGACUGAAACCUUGUUGUACUCGUCGGCUGUACAAGUACAGACUCUUGCUGACGUGAAGCUCAAUCAGACCGAACACGUUUCUGACACAUCAUUGACUGGAAGCCAGAGACAAUCUAAAAGCUUCCACACAAAUAGUGACUGUAAAUUUACAGAUCAUCUAGUUGUUCUCAACUCACUUAACGCUCACCAG